AUGAAGGAGAAAGAAAAGCGCCGAGUAGCUGCUGAGAAAAAAGAGAAGCGGAAGAAAAUGAUUGAGGAAUAUCGGGGAAAAAUUAAAGAUACAAAACCGACAAGCGGAUCUCAUCGUGUUCUCGUCCGUUACCCAUCUGGAAUUCGUGUGAUUCUCUGUUUCUCUCCGUCAGAAUCUCUCAAAAAUCUAUUCGAUUCAAUUAUUUCAAAUCCAGCGUGUCCCAACUAUUUCAAACUUAGAAGUGUUCACCCGAAUGCUGAAAUUCAUUGUUUUCCGGAAUGGUAUCAGAAUUUGUGUCAUGAAGAGAAUUCAGAAGACGUGACGUCUUCUGAAUCCAAAGAAAGUGUGAAUUCUACGCAUACGGCAAUUGGAUUCCAACCGCUGGGACGGAUGGAUAGAUUCCGAACAGCUCGAUUUUUUUUGUCACUAAUUUUUUGGAAUUUCAGAUUUUUGUUUUUUUUUUUUGGGAUAAAAAACCCGAAACAUCAAAGUAUUUUGAAAAUUCCAAAAAUCUUGGAAUUUGAGAAUUUUUUGGUGUUUCGAAUGUUCGGAAUCGAAAUUCUAAUGGACCAUUUCCUACCUGUUCAACUAAAAUUUUCACUAGAAAACAUGAUACACUAA